AUUUCACCCCAAACCUAUUUGCUCAAUGAGUUAUCUAAAAUAUGUCCUAAACAAACCAUCUGUGGCUCCUUGCUCGAGCCUCAAAGGCAUUAUCCAAACUUUAGACAAGGCCCAGUACAAGACGUUCGCACAGAAGAACCCUCUUGGGGUUCCAGUGCAAGGUGUCAAGUUUACAGAUCCAUUGAAACUAAUUUAUAUGGAUAAAGGAAACGUGUCUACAGAGUGAAAUAUAUUCAGGUUUAUGCUACCAGAGAUUAACAAACCGCUAGGCCUCCGGCCUGGCGAGUAUGUCACCCUCAAGUUGUCAGAUCUCGAAGAUUUCAGGAGCUAUAGACCUGUUUCUAGUAUUCAUGACAAUGGCUUCCUAGAUCUCCUUGUGAAGGUCUUCUCCACUGACUAUUCUCAGAGGAGCAUCGGCGAGUUCACACAGAGACUUGACGCCUUGAAGGAGGGCGACCCGGUUUAUCUCACAGAAGUAGCAGGAAGCAUGUGAUAUGAGGGAAGAGGUAAAUUCUCAAUUUGUACGGAAGAUGAGGGCAUGAAAGAGAAAAUAGCUAAGAAAGUCGGGCUUAUUAGUGAAGGAACCUCUAUUACUGCAAUGUUCCAGUUCUUGCAGGCUGUUGAAGAAGAUCCUGUAGACCUCACUGCUUUCUCAUUAGUCUCUCUAUAUGGAAACCCCUCUGAUGCGCUUCUUGAAGAUGAUUUGUUAAGAAUGCAAGAGAGUGGAAAAAUUUCUUACUUUCCAGUGGUAGAAUCCCCAGAUGAAAUGUGGACACAUGGAGAAGGAAAAAUUAGCGAAGCUCUUAUCGAAAGCUUCAUGCCUGAGCCAGAUGAUCCCGAAGGACUCAUCCUACUCUCAGGAAGUAAUCAAAUGACUGAUGAUUGAAUUGAUAUCCUUGAAAAAUUGGGCUACAACAAGGAUCAAUAUCAAAUACUGUAAAUUGACCAUUUUCAAUUAUAA